CCGGUUCGGAAGAGCGCCUGCAGCCCAGGUCUGAGUCUCGGCUACCGGAUACCUCACCCGCCGCGUGUGCUAAAGCAGCCCCGGACCCCAGACGCGUGCAGCUUCCACCCGAGAAACCGACCACGAUUCAGCGCGCAAAAGGCCAAUCAGAUCUAUGGCACUCUGACAAUGAACAAGCGAUCACAGUUAUUGGAACAGCUGCAUUUUGUCCAUCUAAAAUGCACACCUCGAGUAGACAUGCCCUGCGUUCAGGCCCAGUACGGCCCUGCACCUCAUGGGUCCAGCUACUCCGCCCAGUCCUUUGGUUACCAUGGUGACUACAGUGCUGACCUCAUGGCGACAGACUACACGAAGUUUGAGCUUGGUGGGGGGGAGAUUUCGGCGGCGGCUGCCACCACUUCCCUACCCAGUUUUAAUGUGUUUGUGGAGGGUGGCUUUGAGCCGAAACCCUCCUGUCUGUAUCAGCUCCCUCCUCAACGCCCUAUCAAGAAGGAGGAGGAGUCUUACCCAACCAUGGCACCAUCCGACGAAGCAAUAGCUGGGAGUUCCAUGUACUUUAAGCAGUCGCCCCCUUCAACGCCCCCCACGCCACUUCACUCCGGCCCACCCAGCAGCUCUUUCUUGUGGGAUGAACACAGUCUUCCCCCUGUGCCCCAGCCCUGCCUGAUUGAAGGUCCACUGAAGAGCCCUCGCUUCCCUCAUUUCUACGAGCAGACGGCACCACCCUCCACCAGCGGCUAUGACACCGCCAUUGGCCUUCCGCUGCACCCUGAACGCUCUCCUUCCUCAUCCUCUUCAUCUUCACAUGUGCCACCCAGCCUGGACACGCACACACACUCACAUGUGCACUCACACAUGUACCCCCUGAACAUGGGUAAGCCGGGAGGCCUGGCGUUCCGCUCUCUAGGCAUGGGCCAUUGCCCGCAGCUUCUGGGAGAGAGUUUGCCAUCGCCACCCAGUCGCACCAGCUCUGGAGAAGGUAGCUGUGCUGUGUGUGGAGACAAUGCGGCCUGUCAGCACUACGGUGUGCGCACCUGUGAGGGCUGCAAAGGCUUCUUUAAGAGGACGGUGCAGAAGAAUGCGAAGUACGUGUGUUUGGCCAGUAAAAACUGCCCUGUGGACAAAAGGAGAAGAAAUCGCUGCCAAUACUGCCGCUUCCAGAAGUGUCUCAGUGUAGGCAUGGUGAAAGAAGUGGUGCGCACAGACAACCUGAAGGGGAGGAGAGGUCGCUUACCGUCUAAACCAAAGAGUCCCCUGCAGCCAGAGUCCUCGCCCCCAUCACCUCCCCUCAGCCUGCUGAACGCACUAGUGCGGGCCUAUUCCCAGUCUACACCACGAGAACUAGACUACAAUCAGUUCAGUGCUGUGGAGCCAGUGGGUCUAUCUGAGUCUCAGCAGAUCCAGAUGUUCUACAGAGUGCUAACCGGCUCCAUGGAGGUGACGCACUGCUGGGCCGAACGGUUGCCUGGAUUCUCUGAGCUUCACCACGAUGACCAGAACCUGCUCAUUGACUCUGCCUUCCUUGAGCUUUUUGUGCUCCGCCUCGCCAACAGGUCUUUGCUGGCGGAUGAGAAGUUUGUGUUUUGCACAGGCCUGGUCCUUCACCGGCUGCAGUGCCUGCGCGGCUUCGGCGAGUGGCUGGACUCCAUCCGAGACUUCAGCACUCACCUGCAGAGUCUCAACCUUGACAUGCCUGCAUUCUCCUGCUUGUGCGCCCUUGUGCUGCUCACAGAACAAUGUCCCGGUCUGAAGGAGCCUAAAAAAGUGGAGGAACUGCAAUCCAAAUUAAUCUGCUGCCUGCGAGAUCAUCUGAGCUCGGUCAGCGCAGGAGGCGUGGCUUCAACUGGCAAGACCCCACCCCCAGUGGGAGCUGUGCUGAGUUUGAGGACGGAGCUUCGAACUCAGCGUACGCAAGGCUUACAGAGGAUCUUCUACCUGAAGCUUGAGGACCUGGUCCCACCCCCACCACUCAUCGAUAGGUUUCUGGACACCUUGCCCUAUUGAUGACCACGCUCCUUUUUGCACACCACUGACACGCCCACAAGUUCACUCAGACACGGCCACAGCGGCUAUAAACUCACCCUGGGAGGAGCAGAGCCAGUAGCUAACAGUGACACUGAACUCGAUUUCCCAUGAGUCCCUAAAUCCUCACAGGAAGCAAAUGUGUCUGAGGAGAAACCAAUCAUAUAAGCGCUUUUUAUCUCUGCUCUGCGCCUGAUAGUGUAAAUAUGAGGCAGGGUUUGAGCAUAUCUGAUGUAACGAGUUGGAAACGAGCACGAUGCCUAUAGCUCAGUGCGCCACGUCAGGAGAAGUAUUACAGUGCAAGAAUGUGUGUAUGUGUGUCCGUGUGUGGCUCCUUUGCAGGCAGUCCAAAAGUUCCACCACAAUCCACCUCAAUGACAGCAGUUGUGUUCAUCACAAACAUACAGUCACAAACACACAAGUGCACGCAAACUGUCCUUUCACACAUACGCACGGAUCCAAAAAGCCAGCUUCAGAUGCCAGAUUAUGACAUAUCAACUGUUGUUGGCAGAAAUGAAGUGGAUGUGUGUGUGAAAACAUGUAGGAGUGUCUCUGAGGGAGGCUUUCGCCACACAGACAGAACGACAGAGUGCAUUAAUGUCCAGAAUCACAGUUGAUCACACCCCAGAAACCUGCAAACAAGUGCAAUUUACUAAGUGCUAUUGUAAACGAAAUGAGAGAGGAGAGAACGAGAGAGUGUGUGUGUUUGUUUUAGUCCUAUUUCAAACUCUAAAUUAUUUUAAUACUAAGACGCCUUGUAAGGUAACGGUUUCAAUUGAGAUGAUUUAGCCCGGUCUGCGCACUAACUUUUUAACGACGAAGUUCCACAGACUUGAAAUUACUUUAGUUUUUAUUACUAUUAUUAUGAAUAACCAAGGGAUUUUAGUGGUAGCAUAACAGACUAAAAAGAAUUGGGCUUUGAGCACUUAAAAAACAGGAAGAGGAGGAGGAUAAGGCAGGUGAGACGCAGGUGCAGAGAGAGGAAUGAAACAUUCCGCGUUCUUGCUCAUUUUUGUAUGUUUAUACUGUCUACGCCAUUUAUUAAUAUGGAGGACAUUGUUGCAAAAAUUUCUUUUAUAUGUACAAAAAAGUAAAAACUGAUUAUAUGCAUGGUUUUCUCCUUCUCGCCUCUGCUUGUAUUUAUUUUGCAAAGACUGCCGGCUCCACAAGGGCUUGAACACACUUACUGACUAGGCGUUCUCGCUUACUUUAUCAUACGGCAGCAGUUUGAACAGAUGAGGAAGUACAAAUUAUAUAUAUAUACACAAUACAAAACUAAUAUUUUGAAGUGUUUUUAUCUGAUAGCUUUUUCAAAUAUUGUGGUACAAGUUGUGCAUUGUUUUUUUUUUUUUGGAGAAGAAACAAAAA